AUGCUUUCUAAACAAAUAGCCAGAAUUGCUCCAAGACUUACUGCUUUGGAAUCCUUGGGAUUAAGACGAUUAUUAAGUACAACUCCAGUUAUUUACCAAAAAAAUAUUUCUAUUCCACAUCCAAAUGUAACUUCCGCAGACUAUAAACCACCAGUAACAGUUGAUAGAGAGUUACCAGACCCAUUUGCUAAGAAAAAGACUAAUCGUCGUUAUUUUGUUGUUUAUGCAAUUGGUAUGACUGUUGCAUGUGCCAUUAUUUUCAACUAUGAAAAAACUCAAUCACCAAUUAUCACAUCUACUUUGUACUUUUUGAGACGUUCUCAAGAAUCAAUUGAUCUUUUGGGUAAAGAUAUCGAUUUCAGUAGUAGUUGGCCAUGGAUUUCUGGACAAUUAAAUACUGUUCAAGGUAAAAUAGAUAUUAAGUUCAAUGUCAAAGGUAGUCUUGGAACUGGUGUUGUUAAGUUGAGAGCUACAAGAGAAUCCAAAUUGCAUCCAUUUGAUAUUCACAUGUUUUCUUUGGAAGUCGAUGGUAAAGAUGGAAGUAAGAAGGUUGUAGAUUUAACUAAAGAUCCUAAUGUUGAUUUUGAUAUUUAA